CUCAGCCCCAGCGAGCAUUUUAGACUGGAUUUACAAAAAGUGAAUGAGCGAAACAACCUACUCGAUCUCGUACUAAUUAAGUCGCUAGACCGGGAGACGAUGUCUGAGCACCGUUUGCUGCUGACGGCGAUUGAUGGGGGCAGACCGUCGCUAUCGGGCACAAUGGAGCUGGUGAUCUCGGUGCUGGAUGUGAACGACAACCCGCCAGUUUUCAACCAAUCGGUCUAUAAAGUGCAGCUAGCAGAAGGAGUUGCAACGGGAACACUAGUUGUGAGCGUGAGUGCCAUGGAUCCAGACGAGGGAAUUAACAGCGAAAUUACCUACACAGCUACCCAUUUCCUUCCACUCCACGGAAAGGAUCUUAUUGACGUGAAUCCGAACACGGGGGAGAUCACACUGACGGCCGCUCUGGACUUUGAAGAGGUCAGCGUAUUCGAUUUCCGCAUAGAGGCGAGAGAUAAGGGAACUCCUCCGUUAUCUGGUCACUGUAGUGUGGAGUUGGAGGUGCUGGACGUGAACGACAACGCGCCGGAGGUGUGGGUGACGUCGCUGUCGGUGCCGGUGGCCGAGGACGCGCCGCUGGGGACGGUGGUGGCGCUGCUGAGCGUGUCGGACCGUGACUCGGGGUCGAACGGGCGCGUGCGGUGCGCGGUGUGGCCGUCGUCGCCGUUCGGUCUGGUGUCGACGUUCGAGGGCUCGUACUCGCUGGUGCUGCGUGAGGCGCUGGACCGGGAGCGUGUGUCGGAGUACGAGGUGGAGGUGCGUGCGGAGGACGGCGGGACGCCGCCGCUGCGCGCCCGGCGCGCCCUGCGGGUGCCGGUGUCAGACGUGAACGACAACGCGCCGGCGUUCGCGCAGGCCGUGUACACGGUGCUGGCGCGGGAGAACAACGCGGCGGGCGCGGAGCUGGCGCGCGUGUGGGCGCGGGACCCGGACGAGGCGGGCAACGGGCGCGUGAGCUACUCGUUGUGGGAGGGCGCGUCGGCGUCGGGGUCGCGCUCGGCGUCGAGCUACGUGUCGGUGGACGCGGAGAGCGGGCGUGUGUGGGCGCUGCAGCCCUUGGACUACGAGGAGCUGCAGGUGCUGCAGUUCGAGGUGCGCGCGGUGGACGCGGGGGAGCCGUCGCUGAGCGGCAACGCCACGGUGCAGCUCUUCGUGGUGGACGAGAACGACAACGCUCCGUCGCUGCUGCCGCCUGCGGGGGGCGGCGCGGGCCCCUGGGCUGGCGGCGCGGGAGAGUCGUCGUCAUCUUCGUCGGGGUGGUCGUUGUGGGCGUGGGCGUCGUGGGGUUCUCCUGCGGGGCAGGUGGUGGCGAAGAUCCGUGCGGUGGACGCGGACUCGGGCUACAACGCGUGGCUGCGCUACGAGCUGCAGGAGGCGCGGGGCAAGGGCGCGUUCCGCGUGGGUCUGUACAGCGGCGAGGUGAGCACGGCGCGGGCGCUGGAGGAGGCGGACGGGCCGCGGCAGACGCUGCUCAUCGUGGUGCGGGACCACGGCGAGCCGGCGCGCGGAUCGGUGCUGCGAGGCCCGAUAUCGGGCAUCGAUGGCGGCGCGUCCCCGUCGGCGACGACGAACGUGUGGCUGGUGGUGGCCAUCUGCGCGGUGUCGAGCGUGUUUCUGCUGGCCGUGGUGCUGUACGCGGCGUCGCGGUGGUCGCCGCGGGCGUCCGUGCUGUCGGGGCCCGGUCCGACGACGCUGGUGUGCGCCAGCGAAGUGGGGAGCUGGUCGUACUCGCAGCGCCAGAGCCGGAGCGUGUGCGUGGCGGAGGGCGCGGGCAAGAGCGACCUCAUGGUUUUCAGCCCCAACUUCCCGCCGCCCGCGGGCUCCGCGCUAAAGGAGACGCCGCAGGAUCCCCCCACUCUCCUGGACACG